AUGUUGUUCUCUUUACCAAUCUUUCUGCUUACGGGCUUCUCGACAGCUGCAACUCUUACACACAAUGCACUUCCCUGGAAACUCCCGUUCCACGUCGAUGGCCCCCAUAUAUACUCCGCCAACAAUCGUGAAGUCCAAUUUGUUGGCACCAAUUGGGCAGCUCACCAAGAAGCCAUGAUCCCAGAAGGUCUACAGUACUCUUCCAUCAAAGAUAUCGUCUCCAAGAUCCGUGGCUUCAAUCUCAAUGUCGUACGUCUGACUUUCGCUAUCGAGAUGGUAGACGAUAUUCUCGAUAAUGGAGGAGAUGUUACAUUAGAAGAUACCCUGACCAAAGCUCUUGGUCCCACGAAUGGGAGUAUCAUACUCAAGAAAGUCUUGAAGAACAAUCCGCAGUUCAGUAAGAGAACUACAAGAUUGCAAGUUUUUGAUGCGGCGGCGAAUGAACUUGCUAGACAGGGUGUCUACGUGCAUCUUGACAAUCACAUGUCCAAAGCUCUCUGGUGCUGUGGAGGUGGUGAUGGAAACACCUGGUUUGGAGACACCGAUUUCAACGUUGCGAAGUGGAUUCGCGGAUGGAAAUUCAUUGCCAAACAUGCCUCCAAAAACUGGCCCUCCUUCUCCUCCGUUGGCCUCCGCAACGAACUCCGCAAACCCGACGCCGGCUCCCCCGCCGAGCCCUACGACUGGUACACCUGGCACACGCACAUGACCGCCGCCGCCACCGCGGUACACGCCUCCGCCCCCCACGCCCUCAUCACCUUCUCCGGCCUCAACUACGACAUAACCCUCACCCCCGUCAUCCAAGGCCAGCUCCUAAACGGCACAGCUGGGACCUCCACGGCGGGAAAAUCCGCGCUCUUCAACCCCUCCGCCUACCCCUACGCAAACAAAAUCGUCUUCGAGCUGCACAAAUACGAUUUCGAGAACACGCAGGCAUCGUGCUCUGAUUUCGGCGCCUCGCUGUACAACAAUGGGUAUAAAACCCUGAAUACAUCUGACCCGAGCGCGAAGCUGCAUUACCCGAUGUUGUUGUCUGAGUGGGGGUUUAUCCAAAAUGGGACGUAUUGGAACCAGACGACGUAUAAUAAGUGUCUGAUUGAGUUUAUGGGGAAGUGGAGGCCGAGUGGGUGGAUGCAGUGGGAGUUGGCGGGGAGCUUUUAUAGGAAGACGAGUUAUGCGACGGGGGUGCAGGUCCAGGAUUUGGAUGAGGCGUGGGGAUUGUUGGAUCAUGAGUGGAAGCGGACGAGGAGUCCUGUGACGGUGGAUAAUAGUUUGGAGAAAAUGAUUGGGGCGACCUUGAAGGGUGGGAAGGGGUAUUGA